GAGUUCAUCACAACAAGCCAUGCCACCAAGCACCUCCGUCAAAGACUUCCAGGACCUCGUCCAAUCCAGCGACCGCAUCCUCGCCCUCUGCGGCGCCGGUCUGUCAGCCGCAUCUGGUCUGCCGACGUUCCGCGGUGCAGGCGGACUCUGGCGCAACCACAGCGCCACGGCGCUCGCCACACCCGAUGCAUUCAAGGAGGACCCAGCGCUGGUGUGGCUCUUUUAUGCCUGGCGGCGACACUUGACCCUCCAGGCAAAGCCCAACGCUGGGCACCAUGCGCUUGCUGAGUUGGCUAAGAGGAAAGAGAACUUCCUGUGUCUCACCCAGAAUGUCGAUGGCCUGUCCCCCCGGGCGGGCCAUCCGACAGAGAAGCUACGUCUCCUCCACGGGAGCCUCCUAGACCUGAAAUGUUUCGACAAGUGCGGCUAUAUCGAGAAGGACAACCAGAACGAUCCCCUCUGCCCCGCGCUGGAGCCAGCCUCGAGCGUCAACACCCCAGCGGACCAGGGUCUGCCCCUCUUAGACCCUUCCGUCCCGGUCCCCGAGAUCGAUGUGCAGAAGGACCUGCCGCACUGCCCAAACUGUACAGACGCACUGCUCCGCCCUGGUGUGGUCUGGUUCGGCGAGAUGCUCGACGGGGCCAUGCUAGAUGAGGUCGACGAUUGGGUCUCGCAGAGCCGCAUAGAUCUUAUGCUUGUUAUUGGGACAGGGGCCGAGGUUUGGCCUGCGGCGGGGUAUAUUGCAAAGGCCAAGGGAAAGGGGGCUCGAGUCGCGGUGAUUAAUCCAGAUCCUGGCUCAGCUAAGAGCCUGAAGAAGACGGACUUUUUCUUUCAGAGUGACGCUGCUUCUAUCUUGCCGCUGCUAUUCUCGAAAGUGAUUGAUGAUUGAUCACACGACCUUCUUUUUCUGUUCUUUUCUAUUUCGGGCUGGUAGGUGGUUCGGAAUCAUAUGUCAGCGUGUCAUAUGUAAUGAUAAACUUGUAGUAGAGGAGGAAAUAAAAAUAUUAUCUUAUUAAGGAUGACUC